GUGGGGGCAUCCAUGAACGCUACGGACUUCAGCGACCUCUUGCAAAGCGGCUACUACCGCAACAACGGCACAGAACGCUGGGCCGCCCUUCGUUUCGUCAAUGUCCCUGAUUGGUCUCAGCCGAACGCAACGAAGACAGUUGGAGGGUACACAGUAGCUGGCUUCAGCGAGCCUGGCAAAGUCACCGGACCGACGGCGCUCACUGUCCCGGUCGGAACUCUUUGGGGGGAGGAGGCCUCGGUUCCCGGCGGCACCUCCGUUCCCUUGGGCCAGCUGAACAAUCGCCUCCAGGUGGAUUUGUUUUGGAACUCCACAGUCAGGGACGCACUGCCCAUGUUCUACCAGCAGUUGCACGAGACGGUCCUGCGAAGAACGCUGGGUGCCGGCGUGUUGAAGGACUCGAGGAUCCAGGUCAGCAACCAGCCGUUUCCUCUCACGAGCGGGCAGAAAGACCUCACCAACACGCAGACGAGCUUGAACCUAGCGCUGGGUUUCGCUUUCAUCCCGGCCUCUGUCGGCGCGUUCAUCGUGCUGGAGCGCGAGACCGGGAGCAAGCACCUGCAGGUGAUCAGCGGCGUCAACUUCAUUUCUUACUGGACCUCGACAUGGAUUUGGGAUGUCCUGAACUACAUGGUGGCGGCGGUGGCCUCCAUCCUGCUCAUCGCCCUCUUCGGGGUGGACUCGUUGGUUAGUGCUGAAGUACUUCCAUGGACGGCCCUUUGUGUGCUGUUGUACGGUGUCUGCUGCACCUCCUUCACCUACAUGCUUUCCUUCCUCUUCCGCUCCCACACGGCGGCGCAGAACGUCUUGCUGAUCGUCUACUUGUUCACUGGUGGCAUCCUCAUGAUCGUCGCGAUCGUGCUGUCUGUCAUUCCAUCCACCAAGGAUCUCGUCAGCAACACCCUGAUCUACAUCUUCCGUCUGCUGCCAAACUACUGCCUCGCGGACUCGCUCACGAAUUUGAUCACCCGGGGGAACCCGGGUCUCUGGCUGUCCAAAGGCUGCCCUUUCCAGGGCUGCGAGCCCUACGACCUGGUGAUCACGGGCUAUGACAUGCUCUACAUGGGCGUCGGCAGCCUCGUCUGGUUCGCAGCGGCUUUGCUCCUGGAGCUCGCGUUUGCCACGCCGAAGCUUCGAUCAGCCCUGGAGCUCUGGCAUGUGGAUGCACCGCGAGAUGAUUCGCCACUGGAAAACGCCGUGCAGCUUGAGAAGGACGGG